GUCAGUCAAACACCAGACAGACAGACUCAUCUACCGCAGAACAACCUAAUCAGUAUGGACGAGCAAAGAUAUCCCGUCACUAUUCACCUUGUUGGAGUGAUGCAGAAAGAAGUUGCUAAAUUAUACAUGACUACUGUACUCUGGUCAGAUCAAAAUGAGAUCACUGUGUACAGAUCGCUUGAAGACUUCAAGACGCUGCAUAGACAACUCAAGAAGAAGUUCCCUCCUUCAAACCCCAUUAAAAGGUCAGGAAGGAUUGUUCCCAAAUUUAAAGCUGCACGAGUGCAGAAGAACAUGCAAAAGUGGAGCCCAAGUAAGUCGGUGCUCAGACUGAAGGCUCUGGAUGAAUACUGCAGUGAACUGUUGAAGAGUGAUCCCCGUAUCUGCCAUAGCUCAGAGCUCCUCCAGUUCCUGCUUCCCAAACCCCAGGACCUCGAUUCUGAAUUUGCAAAAAACAGUAUCGUGAUCAUGCCAUCAGACACCUCUAUGGGCAACGGUAAUGUUGGAAUUAACAACGUUACUCAACCCUUUGUCACCGAAGCAUACCGCUGCAUAGCUACUUUUGAGACCAAGGACACCAAGAAUCAGCCCUUCAAGGUUGAGGUGGAUGAGAUUGUGGAUGUGCUCAUUAAGGACCAAAAAGGAUGGUGGCUGGUGGAAAAUGAAGCCAAACAUCUCGCUUGGUUUCCUGCUCCGUAUCUACAGAGAGCUGAGAUGGAUGAUGAUGGUCCUGAUAUGAUGGACGCUGGAAGUGUUUUCUAUGUUGCCACCAAAAGUUACAAAGCCACGAACAGUGAUGAACUAUCAGUCGAGAUCGGGUAUGUGGUGGAGGUGUUGCAGAAGUCUGACAACGGCUGGUGGAUAGUGAGGUACAAUCGAAGGGCAGGCUUUGUUCCAUCUAUGUACCUGCAACCAUACAACAACCCACGGAUGAACCUGAUGCCUCCUAAGCGGGAGAUAACCAGCUCCACUCUUGACUUGGCACAGCUUCAACGUCCUGGAGAAAAUUUCCUGCAGGUCUCCAGCCGUGAGCUUAGCCGAUCCCAGGGCAACUUGGGACCUCCAGGAAGCACCCUGGACCCUAAAGAUAAGCAGAUGUCACGAUCAAUGAGCAGGCUUCCGGAUGCUCGUACAACACGACUGACUCCACCGUCAGUCCGCGUGGAGUUUGCCGAGAACGGUCACCAAAGCAGCCUAAGCGACGACAGCGAAGAGUUCAGCGACGACAGCAGCUUCUCCGGGAGCGAAGCGCAAUUACGCCGGAGUCGCACCCCUACGCCUGACUCUUUUGGCAGCCUGAGCCCUCAAAGUGCCGGAGAAGGCAAGAUGAUAGGAAGCAAAUCAGACCCUAGUCUCAACAAGAUGCCCUCCACCCCCAAGAUACCACCCAGACCCCAUGCUCAGGAGAUACUCAAACGCUGCACCACCGUCACACGCAAAAACCUGCAGAGAACUAAUUAGGACGAUGUCUUGAGAACUUUAGGUUACACGUUUGAGGAGUUCAUCUUUGAGCUCAGGCACAGACAAGCAUUAACGUCCACCUGCUUAUUUUAGAGGUUCAGUGGAGAUUCUUGUACACAUUUACUCUACUAGAACUAUGUUUAGAUCUUAUUCUUGAAACUGACUAUUAUGUAUGUUAUAAUGAGGUCUACAUGAUUCUAGAAAAACUGCUCUUUGGAUCAGAUUAGAGUUGAUGAUCUUUUACUGAAGAAAAGAUAAUGAUUGACACAGCCUAGAAAUCUUUUACAAUCCAUAUGCAUAUUUAUCUAAGAUCUGUGUCUUUUCUAGUUUUCCAUCUUUGAAGAAAAAACCUUCUUUCCAUAGUGGAAAAUAUUACUUGUGCCUUAUAUGCAUUGUAUAUCCUGACAUAUGUUAUACUUCAACAUUGUACACUCUUCAGAGUUGACUUGUUGCAUAUUUUCCCCAUGUUGAUUGCCUGUAAAUAUAAAAUAAAAUA